AUGAGUUACCCACCGCCGUAUAACAAUGACAAUGGGCAAUAUCCUCCUCCGCAGUAUCCCUCGCAAUACUUGCAACAAAUCCCGCAGAAUGCCGCGUUUACUCGGUCUCCUGUAACGGUUCCUCAAUCGCAGCCGCAGUAUAAUGUGGGAAAUAAUGUCCAGUAUAUGAAUUAUACGAAUUCGUUUGGUUAUUCUCCGGUAUCACUGCCGCCUUAUGUUCAGGGAUAUGGACAUCCCUCGCCAUCACAAACUUUGGCGCACCAGCGAGGAUUAGCACUUCCUCAGCCACCUCAGCAGCAGCAGCAGCAGCAGCAAUUUAUCUAUCAGCAGCAGCAACGCCAGCAACAGUACAAUACCUCGGUGAUACAACAACAUCAACACUUGCAGCAACAUCUAUCGCAACCCUCUCCGCAGCUUUCACAAUCUCCACAACAACAAAAUCAACACCUGCAGCGACAGCAGUAUGGUUCUCCGGUUGUACAGCAGCAGUUUGGCUCGCCGAUUGUUCAGCAACAUCCACGCCAAUCUCUUUCACAGCCCUCCCCGCAGCCUAUGCCUCAGUCGUCACCGCAGUUGAAUCAACAAGUGCAACGACAGCAGCAAUAUGCCUCUCCUACUAUACAACAACAUCAACUCCAAUCAUUGCACCCUUCUCCGCAACCUCGAUCCCAGCCUUCACCGCAACCUAUUCAACAGAUACAAAUGCAGCAGCAGUACGGCUCCCCGACAAUCCAACAACAGCUACAACAUCAACAGGAGCAGCGUAUACCGCAAUCCCUGCCGCAGCCGUCGCCUCAGCAAAAUCAAGUUCAGCACUUACCACAUCCUUCGCCAAAACCUCCGCCUCAGCCCUCACCUCAGCCUGUAGUUUUACCCUCGUCUCGACAAACGCAGCAGCGACAACUCAACUCGCCGGUGGCCCAACAGCCCCAAAACCCACAACAACAAAUAUCACAACCUUCACCAAAACCUCGUUCGCAGCCUCCUCAGCGACAAUAUCAAAAUAAUUUGAACUCCAUAAAACCACCAUCACCGCCGCCGCAGCCUGUUCAUCAAGAUCCUCCUGUACUAUUUGUGAACCCCAGUGAUACGUUUACAGAGCCAAUACGACCAACGUUUGCUCGUGGUAUACUGGCUGGUGCUGGCCCUUCGUCAAUUAAUCAAGUUAGCUCUUCUUUCACAGCGCCCAGUGCCCCACAGCAAAGCACAGCUCCUGUCGCGACGCUAACCACGACAGUGUCCCAGCCUGUUGUAUCAAACAAAUCUACUUCAAGCCAAGGACAAAUCAAGCAAGAACCAUAUAACCCUAGUCCACUAGCAGCAUCUGCACCCUCUUCGAAAGAAAACACAAUGACUCCAUCUCGUCAGAAUAGCCAAAGUCGAAAAGCGCCAGCACAAUCAGCUUCGCCCUUUAUUAGGAUGCCACAAGUCGUCAUCUCAUCGUUGGCAGAUAUUCAAAGAACGUCCACCAAGACCCCCGCCAAAACACCUAUGGUAGCACCUCAUAAGGUGCAGAAACCUCAGAAGUCUUCACCUGCUGAUGGCGAUGUGGAUUACCAGCCACUGCUAUUAGCUCUUGCAGAUGAAUAUCUGAAUGCCGCUCACAGUAAUGGAACAGUUCUUGCUCUGUCCAAGAACGAGUUGGAUCUUAAGGAGUAUUAUAAACUGGUUGCCACUGGGUUAGGGUGUUUGGAAGCUGCACAAACUAACUUUCGAAUGCCACCUCUUACAGAAGCCUUGACAAGAUUGCGCUUUGCGCGUAUACUUAUUGAGGAAACUGAUAACGAUUUGGCAGCGGAAACCGCAUUGAGCAAAGGGAACAAGCUUUUAGAUCUCAAGUAUACUAUGCAGCAACUUUUGGCUCGUAUGCUUCACAAAACCAACCCCAAGGCAGCGGCGAAAGCUGUUGACAAGAUGAUUGAAGAUGUUGAGACGUAUAAGCAAACUCCUUGGGAAUACGCGUUUCGUUUACUUAGAAUCAGUCUUGCGCUGUCGUCUUCAUCUCAUCAAGACUUUGUCAUUGCCAUUCAUAAUCUUCAGAAAUUGACCAACUUGGCUAAUCGUAACGGCGACAAACUUGUGGUCGUUGUCGCUUCAUUGAUUGAGGCUCUUGCACAUUUGCAACAGUCCACGAGCCCUGACUCUGUUGAGCAAGCCCAACAUGCAGUGGCAGUAGCGCGGAGUCACCAGUUGGAUCCUCGUGUGCAGGAGAUACCCCAGAUCGGUUCUAUGCUUCAAAUGGUCGAUAUAUCUUGCAGUUUGCUUGAAUAUGACUUGAAUCAAGCGUCGCAGAAGCUACAGGUGAUGCAAAGCAUGAUGGAUCAGCGAAUCAACGACUCACGGUGGCGCGAGGAUGGGUCUUUUCUGGUCCCUUUGAAUACGCAAAUGCCCCCGAAGCCGACGGAGAUAGGCGACAUUCUACGUGUUGAGAAUGGGAAAUUGUCGUUGACACUGCAUUGGCUUCCGCAACACGACCUAUAUGCCCUCUGCUACUUUUUGAGCUCGAUGACCCUAGGUUCCAAGAAUUCACACGAUGGCCGCAAAGCUGAAAAGUAUUUACAAGAGGGCUUGCGUAUGGUUCGUGGAAAUUUCAAGGCACCUGAAGAAAUCAAAGAGUCAGUCGUGGCCGCUAGUAAACGACUUGAAUGGCGACGGAUUCUAUACUGCAAUAUACUGCUUCAUCUCACAUUCUUGGCGUGCGCAAGAACCGACUGGGAAAGCGCUAGUCAAUCAUUAAAGGAGCUCCGCGGUGCGUCUGCAGAUUUGGGCAGUGCACUUCCAGAGUCUAUCUCGUGUCUUAUGGAGUACGCUGCAGGAGUCAUUGCGCAAGGCAAUGGCGAUCUUGCAGCUGCAUUAGCGGCAUAUGACUCUCCUCUUCUCUCACUUCCUUCAACCACAAACCGCACAAUGCGCAACGAUCCUCGCCGCGACACGGCCAUCCUCGCAGGCCUCAACACAAUCCUCAUUCUCCGCGAACCUUCGCACCCCUCACAUUCCCGCCUCGACGAAGUCCUAGCCCUCGUCGAACCACAAUGCCUAAGCAGCUCCAACAAAUACAUCCAAGCAGCCUACUACCUCGUCUGCGCCACAGUGCACAACGAAUCCACAAUCCAAACAAAACAAUACCUCCAACAAGCCCUCCAAUCCGCCACAGCCAUCCACAACAACCAAAUAACAUGCAUGACACUCACAUUCAUGAGCUGGAAAUACUUCCGUGGCGUUGUAGGCGAACAAUCCGAGAAAAGUGCACGCGCAGGUCGCGCAAUGGCUAAGAAGGCUAAUGAUCGACUUUGGGUUACUGUUACGGAUCAGAUGCUUGCUGAAACUUUGGAUAGACAAGGUAAAGCGGAUGAGGCGUGUAGUGUAAGGGAAGAGGCUGAUCGGUUGUUGAUGGCGUUACCUGCGGCGUUGAAACGGACGGAAUAUUUGUGAUUUCGUAUCACCCCCUUUCUUUUUCCUUUUCUGAGUCCUGGUUGAAUAUUUCGAACAAGGUCUAUAGCAUGGAGGUGU